GGAAGAAAAACAGUGUAUUCUCUCAGGCAGAAGAAUCUCAUGUCUCUCUAGCGCCUCAUCCCUUGAACAGGCUGCUUUAGGAACGACAGCUCUCGUCGUGCGCUCAGUGAGCGACUGCAGCUGGAGAGACAAUAACAGCGACGCGUGCACAGUAUCCACAUUUGGACUUGCUAUGGACCAGCAGCACGAUUUCUUGAACUCCUCGCACAAUAGCCACACAGCUCACUACAACUCUGGCGAUACCAUGGCAACCUCCCUUUCUGGAAUGACCAUCAAUGAUCAUCACCAUGGCAACCAGUUCCAUAAGGAGAAUGGAAUAGCGGUGGGGCUGAAAGCAGGGGACUGUCCAAUGAAAGAGGAGUUUUCAGAAGAACAGGUGGAUGUUGAGCUCAGUAAGGCUGAAGGAACCUCCUCUUCUGAGGAGAAGCAAUGUGAGGGCCCACAGGAUUCAAGAUCAGAAGAGAAUGAAGAUCAGCCCAUGCCUGUUGUGGAAGUGGCGAGCGCUGGAGGAAUGGCGCCCACAGACCACCAGAGAAUACAAGAGCAGGACCUCAGAAGCAGCUGGGAUGGACAACCAGUCCAUUCCCAUCAUCGGCGGACAUCUGUCAGUCCAGACCGCACCAGGAGCCUUUCCCUGGAGAGUGAGCCACCUUUGACAUUCCUGGUUCGCAGUGCCGCCCUGGAGGACCUGACAUCCGUCGGGGAGAGGAUCGUAGAAGCCAGGGCUCCUUACAGCGAUACCCUUCAGGAAGAGGAAGAACUGUCCUUUUACGGCAACGAGAGCCAUGAGGAAGAAAAAAACCUUCCAGCGUGGGCCAGCAGGGCUCAAGCAACUCUCGCUGAACCUGUAUAUGCACCUCCUGAAACCAAAGAACAUAGUUUUACAAGAACUUUACCUCACGAACACAUGGACGCAAUGGGCACGGUGACGGAGAAAGUUGAUGCUGCGUUAUCAGGGGUUAUUGCUGCCGAUGAAGAUGCAGAAACGGAAAAGACUCCUACGAGCACAAGUGGCUCUCCAAAAGGUGUCCACGGCUCCCCGGCAAGAAAAUCCCUGGUGCCGGUGGCUCAGUUUAAAGCUCAGUCCAAGACCAAUGGUGAUGCUGAGAAGAGGACCCCUAAAAACCCCAACAGCAAAGUCAGACCCUCCUCCCAUAAAACACCUUCCUCCAUCCCGAAAAAGUCCUUGGCCUCCUCUAGUAGAUCUCCCUCAGUAUCUGCCACCAGUGCUGGGCCCAAAGAAUCCAGGUCAAGAGCUCCUAGUAGCAGUAGACCUCAUGCUGCCGGUACAAAGAUUCCUGCCAUGACUGCAGUUGCCAAAAAUGGAAAAGACUCUCCUAAGACCCCGGAGACCAGUGGGCACAGCAGCCCUGGCACUCCCAAAUCCCCUGCCAGUAAAGCUGCGGGUGGCAAGCCUCCAAGCACAGGAAAUGAAAUCAAGAAGGUCGCAGUGAUUCGCUCGACCCCUAAAUCUCCGAAGAACCGUUCACCUACAUCGCUGUCCACCGCUGCCCCCCUCCCUGAUCUGAAGAACGUACGUCCCAAAGUUGGUUCUACCGACAACCUGAAGCACCAGCCUGGAGGCGGCCGGGUACAAAUUCUUGAUCAGAAGGUGGACUUCAGUAAUGUGCAGGCAAAGUGUGGCUCCAAAGCCAACCUCAAGCAUGUACCAGGAGGUGGCAAUGUGCAAAUUCUUGAUCAGAAGUUGGACUUAAGUAGCGUGCAGUCUAGGUGUGGUUCCAAAGAUAAUAUCAAACAUGUACCCGGAGGUGGAAAAGUCCAAAUCCUCCACAAAAAGAUCGACCUGAGCAACGUGCAGUCAAAGUGCGGAUCGAAAGACAACAUUCGUCACAAACCAGGUGGAGGAAACAUUGAGAUCAGGUCUGAGAAGCUUGAUUUCAAGGCUCAGUCAAAGGUCGGAUCUCUGGACAACAUUAAACACGUGGCUGGAGGAGGCACCAGGAGGAUUGAGUCGCACAAACUGAUGUUCCGUGAGCAGGCCAAAGCGCGAACCGACCAUGGCGCAGAAAUCGUGUCUCUAGAGGAGUCGCCACACGGCCUGAGCACCGUCUCCUCUUCCGGCAGCAUCAACAUGGCAGACCCGCCGCAGCUUUCCACCCUCGCCGACCAGGUGUCUGCAUCGCUGGCCAAGCAGGGCUUGUGAUUGGACCAUACCACCACCCAGCCACGCCCCCAAACCCCACCCCCUCCCCUCCAGAAAAACAGAACACACACUUUCACAUACCUGAUGGUAUUCUAACCUCUCUCUGAAAGUCAUUUUAUGGCCCAGAAAACAAUGCCAAGUAACUUUUGGCAAUUACUGUUCGAUUUUGUAAUACUUCAGAUUUGUUACAGGCCAAUGAAGCUGUUUUAACUGUGAAUUAUGUAUGAAUUUGCCUGUUCACUUUUCCUUUGCUUUAAGCAAGGGAAUUUAAGAAUUGGGAAUUUCUUCCAGCCGCCCUUCCUUGACUAUAUUUAGUAGCACAAAAUGACGUUCAUGUAUUUGUAUUGCUUUUGUUGACCAUUUUAUUUUUUCUUUAGGCAUGCCUGGUUUUUGGUUAGUACCGGAUUUAGGACAGUUCAGAGAGAACCCAUUUUUACUUUCAGAGAGGAUUGUUCUCAUUUUUAAAUCAGGAUAAAAUUAGAUAGAGAUUAUGAUUAAGUCGCUUAGCAGUGCUUAAAAUGAAAAUUAGAGCAUUGCAUCUUGACUUUGAGGAAAAAAGAAACUUAAAGCCCCACAGUCCAUUUCUGAAAUGAUUUGCAAGGCUUACAUGAAGAAAAACAGGUGCAGAACAGCUUUGUGUAGAAGCUGAAAGCUUUCUUUUUAAUCUCUGUUGUGCUGUUGAUCAGAGAUUACACUUCACGUCUAAGAUGCCCUGCAGUGAACCAUGAGCUUCACAGUGCUUCAGUAUUAUUCUGCAGAUAUGGGAUGUUUAUGAUACGAAAACAAGUUUUUGUGUGCCUACUGGCAGAUUUACAUUAUUGAUUUAUGUUAAUGCCUCUCCUACUCCUACUACUUUUUUUUUUUUUUUUUUUUUAACUUGCAUUAA